AUGCCCAGGGGCGUCUUCUCCACGGCGGCGGAGGCGCAGGGCGUGGCGGAGCCACGGGGUCCGAAGGCGGUGAAGAUGACGGAGGAGCCGCCAGCAUCUCAGGCAUCUCCAUUGGCCUUUGCAGCUCGCAUUGGUGACCUGGUCGAAGUGCGGCGGCUGCUGGAUGCCAAGUCCGAUCCCAACUCGGCAGAUGCGGUGGGCGAGACGCCGGUCUUUGAAGCCGCAGCCAGUGGCAAUGUGAGUGUGCUGGCCACGCUGCUGCUGGCCGGCGCGGAUCCGGAGCACCAGUCGCUGAUUGGCUCCGUAGCCUCGGACCUCUGCUCCAGCGAGGCCUGCGCAACGCUCCUGAGACUCUGCGGUGGCGAAGAGGUCACCUCCGAGGAACGCGAGGCGGUGCUGCGGUCCCUGACCGCCGACCUGCGGCCGCCCAUCCGGUCCUUUAUGCAAAGCCUCAGUGGCGAGGAGGACGAGGAGGACAAACUGAAUAGUUUGGAUAUCGACUUUGACAAGCCGCCCAAGUUGAUCCGCAAAAGCCUGGACGACGAAGACGGCGACGACUGGACCUUCGCAGCCGCCAUGGUGGAGCAAGCGCGAAAGAGUCGUGCCAAGCAGCGGCACAAGAGGCCCGUGAAGGUGGAGCAGGUGGAGUUGACAGUAAGCCAUGCGCUGAAUGACCGGCAGAUCACAUUGAAGCUCAUGAGCAAUAGCACCUUCGCAGACGCGAAGCAGGCGAUCCUGGACCGCCUACGCGAGGAGGGCAAACUCUUCAAGAAAUUCUAUUUUGUCAAAAAGGAACGGAGCACCUACCAGGCAUACAAGGAUACCGACCCCAUCGGUCACAUCCGGGAGGUCCGGAUCAUCGGUGCAGAUCUGCCGUUGGAGACCAACGCAGGGGCCUUGCUCUUCGGCUCCAGCGCCAGGCUCUUGGCUCUCAGAUGCGCGGUUUCUCAAGUUUUCUCAACCGUAGUCCUUCGUGGUUUCGAGAAGUGGACCGAUUUCUGCCGUCAGAGUGGAGCAGUUGGUUUGGGGCCGGCCCUGGGAAAGGAGCGCAGCCGGAAGAAACCACGAAACCAUGCGCUGGAGACGGCACUUUGCGUGGGGCAGCCGUCCUUUGGAGACUUCGCAGAAGGGCCCAAUUAUAUGUGUAUUGAAAACCCGCAGGGCCACACAGAAGUGGCAAAUGGCAAGGAUUCGGUGGCCCUCGGUUGCCCUACUGCCGACAGCUAUGCCACCAGUGCAACCACGCUUUGUGUGAAGAUCAAACA